AUGGAAGAAGACCAAUUUAGGAGCGAAAAUGAUGAUGAUAAUGAGGGAUGGAAUUUAGUCAAAAGCAAAGAGAAAAGAUUAAAACCACAACUGAAGGAGGAUAUUGAGAUGUAUUUAUCUAGCAAUGAAAAGUUGCCUAAACAAUUUGAAUUAGUUAAGACGCUGAAGGCUUGUGGGAUAGUUGAUAUCACCAGAAUAAAAUACAUUAACUCUUUCAAGAUUCGUGUUGAAGUCUGCAGCGAGUUAAGUGCCGAUAAAAUUGAAAAAUUUCAAGAAUUUAAAGAUAAAGGUUGGAAGGUAUAUAGGGCUAUGGAAAGGACUUCAUCUUAUGGCGUCAUUAAAGACGUUGACCUUGAUUUAUCUGACGAGGAAAUUUUAAGAAAUAUAAUGUGUGAUAAACCCGUAGAAAUAGUAUCUGUAUAUCGGCUUAAACGUCGAAACAAAGAGGGAGAAGGUUGGCAGCCAAGUGAAGCGGUACAAGUAUGCUUUAAAGGUUCAUUUAUUCCACAGUACAUAUACGUUAAUGGAUUACGUAUAAAAGUUACUCCUUAUGUAUUUCCCGUAUCGCAAUGCUCGACAUGCUGGAAAUAUGGUCACCCUACAAAGAAAUGCCCUUCCAGUAAUAUAGUCUGUCCUAAAUGCGGUGGUAGUCGUGAGAACUGUGAAACACAGAAUUUCCAAUGUGUUAACUGUGGUGAAAAUCAUAUGGCCUUGCAUAAAGCUUCAUGCCCAGCCUUUUUAAAGGAGAAGAGGUUGAGAGAAAUCAUGGUAGAAUUUAACUGUACUUAUAGGAAAGCCUUAACAGUAUAUGUACCGCCCCCAGCUUCCUUGCUUGGAAAAGAUAGCUUUCGACAACAGUCUUACAACCCUCCUACCAACAUGAUCUCACAAACGGAGAGUAGAUUCCAAGAACGUGAUAUCUCCACAUUUGCAGAGAUAGUUAAAACUGACAUCACAUUGCAUAAAGAGAAUAUAAAUGAGGUUGAAAACACUUCUGCCAAUACUUCAAUGAGAUUUCGACGUACUCGUAGGAGGGACACCGCUUCUUGCAGGUUGGAGCUCCCGAUAAACUCAUCUACAUAG